AUGUUUUUCCAAAUAUUCUUUCUGAUAUUUCCAGUUCUAGCAAUCCUCCCAUCUCAGGAAAGAUUUGCCAGAAAAAUAAUUAACAAUGAGGCUGAAAUAUCUCGAAUAAUCGAUUCAAAAUUCUCAGAUCAACUUCAAUUGCUCUCAUAUUUCUCUCCCGAUUUCAUAUUUUCUGGUUGUAAACAAAAUUUUGAUCGAAAAGAAUAUGUGGAAAUUUUGGCAAAUUCAUUUUCGAGAAGAUAUUCGAAUGUUUUGGAAUAUAGCAAUUUUGGAAAAACUCAAUUUUUUCAAUAUGAAAUGGAUGAAUUAUUGACAAAGAAAAAUAAGAAGAUUUUUAAGAAAAAGAGGAUUCAAACAAUGACGAAAGCAAAAAUUAUUGAUGAGAAAAAUAUUUUGAUUAUUUCGAAACAAAGAUUGGAUUGUGCGAAAAAGAGAAAAAUUGGUGGAAAAAGGGUGCAAUUUGGGGGAGAAGAUGUUAAAUAUAUUUCGGAUGAAAGUCAGAAAUAA